UUUACCGUGGAGUCUGAGCUGGGUGUAACCUAACUAGCUAGAGGAUAUGCAAUUCCUGAUUGACAGCAGGACCAGCAUUAUGCAGAUUUUGUAAGAGAGAACAGCAGCUCAGAAACAGUGAUUAGGGGCUCUGUUAGGAAUCACUACAUUCACCACUCAUAUCUUUAGUUUUUCAUUUUUCUGUCUACUGGAUUUGUAAACAAAUAGUACAAAACAGUUCCUCUUUUGUUUUUAUUAAAGUGAUACUGCAGUGCAGUUUCAGUCUAUCAGCUAGGCAAACGUGUUGGAAUUCGAUAUUCUCCCUAAAUUAGCUAAUUUUUAGCUGUGUUCCAUGCUUAUCUCUAGACCUUUGUGUAUUAAAUCCUACCUCGAGCUGUUCUCUUUACACACAAGUGUGUUUUGCUUGUGCCUUCCUGUCUUCUUCAGUGAGAAGCUUUAUGUAGGUCAGGCUUGGCUUAAGCAGAUUUCCUGAACCUGCGUCAGCUUAAGCUGGAGGAAUUUUAAUAAACCCUCCCCUGUAGGCGUGGGCCUAAAUGAGGCUAGCCUAGUUAAGCCUGAUCUUCUUCUGUUUGUGAAAAGAGCUGAGCAGAGCUGAAGGCUGCAUGGUGGUUUCAGAAACUGCCUACUUAAUUUGAAAAGAACAAUGGUAGGAAAAGCUAGAUCUUCCAAUUUUACCUUAUCUGAAAAGCUUGAUUUGUUAAAGCUUGUGAAGCCAUAUGUUAAAAUUCUGGAAGAACACACUAACAAACAUUCAGUAAUAGUGGAAAAGAAUAGAUGUUGGGAUAUCAUAGCAGUUAACUAUAAUGCAAGUGGAGUAGACCGCCCUCCUCGAACAGCGCAGGGCCUACGCACUCUUUACAAAAGGCUCAAAGAAUAUGCCAAACAGGAGCUAUCGCAGCAAAAAGAGACCCAAUCAGAUUUUAAAAGCAAUAUUUCUGAGCCAACCAAGAAAGUUAUGGAGAUGAUUCCCCAGAUUUCCAGUUUUUGCCUGAUAAGAGACAGGAACCACAUACAAAGUGCAAACUUGGAUGAGGAAGCACAGGCUGGUACAAGUUCACUACAGGUAAUGUUGGACCACCAUCCAGUUGCUAUUACAGUGGAGGUGAAGCAAGAAGAAGACAUUAAGCCUCCUCCUCCACUGGUUUUAAAUUCUCAACAGAGUGAUACUUUAGAGCAAAGAGAAGAACAUGAAUUAGUACAUGUUAUGGAAAGAUCUUUGUCACCGUCACUUUCCUCUGUUGAUAUGAGAAUGACAUCGUCUCCAUCUUCUAUCCCAAGGAGAGAUGAUUUUUUUCGGCAUGAAAGUGGAGAAAAUUUUAGGUCACAGUUAGGGUAUGAUCCUCAGAUUCUGCAAAUGCUGAAAGAGGAGCAUCAGAUAAUUUUAGAAAAUCAAAAAAAUUUUGGAUUAUAUGUUCAGGAGAAGAGGGAUGGAUUGAAAAGAAGGCAGCAGCUAGAGGAAGAGCUGCUAAGAGCAAAAAUUGAAGUGGAGAAGCUGAAAGCAAUUCGCUUACGGCAUGAUCUAUCUGAAUAUAAUAGUCUCUAAGAUUUUUUUUACAGUCUUGCAAUUUGAUAAUUUUAAUUUUGGCCAAAUUACUUUCAUUUGGGAAUAUCUUGAAGCAGAGUACAUAUUCUUUUUUUUUUGGCCACGCCUCAUGGCACGUAUGAUCUUAGUUCCCUGGCCAGGGAUUGAAUGCACGCUCCCUGCAGUGGAAGCACAGAGUCUUAACCACUGGACCACCGGGGAAGUCCCAGAGUGCAUAUUCUUAAAAAAUAUUGUUAAUCUCUAUUAUGAAAAAGGCUUUUUUGACAUGAUUUUCUAAUUAUUUGAUUUUCCUUUGAUAUAUAUUAAAACGCUGAUUGGUAUGGUUAUAAAUUUUUUUGUCUUCCUCUGAUUUUUUUCCUAAGAUGUUUUAAUUGUUGGCCUUACAAAAGAUGUUUUAUUUUGAUUAUUAACAUAUACAUAAAUAACAUAUAAAUACAUAAGUAUUCUUUCAAAGUUCUGAAUCU